AUGAGCAACUUUGAUCUUAGUUUUGUCUCUUAUAUGAAUGCAGAAGAUAAUGAGUACUCAGAGGGGGUUGAUCCAUCACUUGAGUUUGUCAUAACGUCCAGGGAUAUAACCGGCACAGGGGCUCCUGCCACAUUGCUCGUUUUCAAUAAUGAGAAGGGAUUUUCUCCUAAAAACAUACAGUCUAUUUGCAGUGUUGGACGGUCCACCAAGAAAGGCAACAGGAAGCGCGGCUAUAUUGGGGAGAAAGGAAUUGGCUUCAAGAGCGUGUUUCUGAUCACAGCUCAGCCUUACAUUUUCAGUAAUGGUUAUCAGAUAAGGUUCAGUGAAGAGCCUUGUAUGCAUUGCAAUCUUGGGUACAUAGUUCCAGAAUGGGUUGAGGAAAGCCCAACUCUGUCUGACAUAAGACAGAUAUAUGGUUCUGGUUCUGCCCUUCCAACCACAACACUGAUCUUACCUCUAAAGCCUGACAAGGUCAAACCUGUGAAGCAGCAGCUCUCUAAAAUGCAUCCUGAAGUUCUCUUGUUCCUUGCAAAGGUUAAGCGGCUCUCAGUUAGGGAAGUUAAUGAGGAUCCAAGGCUCAACACUGUAACCGCAAUAGCAAUAUCAAGUGAGACUGAUUUUGUGACGCGGAAGAACAUUGAUGCUGAUUCCUACACGCUCCAUCUCUCUGCAGAAGAAAAUGGUAAUGAGUUGGAAACUGAAUGCAGCUAUUAUAUGUGGAAGCAGAAGUUUCCUGUCAAGCAAGAAUGCAGAGAUGAGAAGAGAAUGGAGGUUGAUGAGUGGGUGAUCACGCUAGCAUUUCCAAAUGGAGAACGCCUUAAUAGAGGAACAAGCUCACCCGGGAUCUAUGCAUUCCUUCCCACCGAAAUGAUUACAAAUUUGCCUUUCAUAAUUCAGGCAGAUUUUCUUUUAGCAUCAUCAAGAGAAAAUAUUCUAUUGGACAAGAAGUGGAAUCAAGGAAUUCUGAACUGUGUGCCCUCUGCAUUUAUUAAUGCAUUUCUCUCGCUCGUGAGAACUAUAGAAGAUGCACCAGUAUCUAGUUUGCCUCCCUUUUUCAGGUUCUUACCUGUCCAGAGCUCUCACUAUUAUGAAUUGAAUGUUGUGAGGGAGUCGAUCAAAGCACGAUUGGUGGAGGAAGAUAUUGUACCAUGUGAGCCGCACAAGGAGCAGAAGUUCUUCCAUAAACCUCGUGAAGUGGGUAGGUUAUUGCCUGCUUUUUGGAAUAUUUUGAGAAAGGCAAGAAAAGUAGGGGUAAGCUUGCCGAAUCUCUCUUCCCAUGGAAAAUAUGUUUUGUGUCAUUCAUUUGACCAAGAGGAGUAUGAUCACAUUCUGAGUUUCCUUGGAGUUGAACCAGUGGAUGAUGAAUGGUAUGCUAAAUGCAUUCAGAGUUCCAAUCUGGUAGUUGGGGUUCCAGAAGAUGUCUACUUGGAACUUCUACUGUUUAUUGCUGAUAAUUGGUGGCCCAAAUUUCAUUGCACCAACAUCAAGUACAUACCACUAAUAAAAUUUGUGGAUCUUUAUGAGCGUGCUUCUUUGUGCAGCUUGAGCUCAAUGCGGACUGGUGAAAAGAAGGUUCGCCUAUCCCGUCAAUCUUGGGAAGUUUCAUGGCUGAUUGACUGGAACCGUGAAUUUAUAUCUGUGGCAAGUCUUCUUUUUAUGCCAAAAAGAACCCAGGAAGCUAUCCAGUCAUGUCCUAACAAGGACAAGUUGGUGAAAUGGCUUGCGGAAGAAAUGAAGGUUGAUACUUUAAAUGUUCACGAAUAUGCAGUUUGCCUCUAUAAUUCUCUUGGUAAUGAACGGAAACCUGCUGUUGUAUAUGCCCACUUUUUGUAUCAUUCAUUCUGCGAGAGAUAUAUCACUUAUCCUGAAGUUGUUGAUUUAUGUGGUAAGAUGCCACUCGUGAAUAACUACGGGUAUGUCAUCAGACAAAGGACAGGGGUUAUUGUCCCUGCCAACGAAAGCAAGUGGGCUGGGUUGACUGAUUCAAAUCUAUGGACAGAAGAAGGCUAUGUUGAGUUAGGAGAAGAUUACAUGAAUCCAGGCUGCUUUGCAGGUACAGUUACUGAAUCGAAGCAGCUCCUUGAGUUCCUCAAACUUCAUACUGGAGCUUCGGAUGUCCCUAAUAUUUCUGCUCCCAAUGCCUGUAUUCCAACUCUAUCUUCAACACUUACUAAGAAAAAUGCAUUCUUGCUUUUGGAAUGGAUUCGUCACCUGAGAUAUCAAAGGGCUUACAUCCCGGAGAAGUUCUUGAAAUGUAUAAAGGAAGGUAGCUGGUUGAAAGUUACUUUGAAUGGUUUUUCUGCGUCCAGGCCACCUUCGCAGUCAUUUGUACUUACACCAUCAUGGGGAAACGUUUUGCAGAACGGAUCUGCUUUUGUUGAUAUCCCAUUGGUUGACCAGAGUUAUUAUGGUGAGAGAAUUGAUGGUUACAAGGAAGAGCUGAAAACAAUUGGCGUGAUGUUUGAAUUUGGAGAAGCAUGUGAGUUUAUUGGGAAACAUCUUAUGUCUCUGGCAGCGUCGUCCACUUUAACUAGAGGCAACGUACUUUCAAUACUACAAUUUAUCAAGCUCUUGAGGGACAAAUGUCUUCCCCCAGACGAUUUCAUCCGCAGUAUCAGAAAAGGACAAUGGCUUAAAACAAAAUCUCAUGGUUAUAGGUCUCCUGUUGGAUCUGUCUUGUUUGACCAAGAGUGGAGAAUUGCAUCCAAAAUAAGUGACAUUCCCUUCAUUGAUCAGGGGUUAUAUGGUGAAGAAAUCUUAUAUUUCAAAACAGAACUUGAGUUGCUUGGUGUGGUUGUCUCCUUCAAAAAAAAUUACCAUCUUAUCAUCGACCACCUUAAGUCACCUGCAUGCUUAACUGCUUUGACACCUGAGGCCAUUCUACUAAUGCUGCAAAUUAUGCAUAUUUCAAAUUCAUCUGAUAAGAUUGUUGAAGCAUUGAGAGGAGCGAAAUGCCUGAAGACAAAUAAUGUUUACAAGUCUCCAGGUGAAUGUCUCUUGUUUCACCCUGAAUGGGGUUGCCUUCUUCAGGUCUUUAGUGGCCUCCCAUUGAUUGAUCAUAAUUUUUACGGAAGCAGAAUCUUUUCCUAUAGAGACGAGUUGAGAAAGAUAGGGGUAGUCGUUGAUUUUGAAGAGGCUGCAAAAGUAUUUGCUCGCCAUUUCCGGCAGGCUUCCAUCAUCACCAAAGAAAAUGUUUCAUCAUUUUUGUCCUGUUGCAGAAAGCUGAAGGGAACUCAGUUUAGAUUUCCUGCGGAGGAUCUUAAGAGUUGCAUUCGCGAAGAAAAGUGGCUGCGUACUCGCCCUGGUGUUUAUAGAUCUCCAAGACAGUGCAUUCUCUAUAGUCCUAAUUGGGAUUCUAUCUCUCCAAUAUGUCCUCUUCUCCCUUUUAUUGACGACUCUGAUAAUUGGUAUGGCAAGAACAUUCAUGAAUAUAAGGAAGAGCUGAAGAGCUUGGGGGUUGUUGUGGAAUUCAAGGACGGGAUCAAGUUUGUGCCUUCUGGUCUUCAGCUUCCCAAGAAUCCGAGCUGCAUUUCUCGAGGAAACGCACUUGCUUUGCUGGAAUGCAUAAGGAUUCUAUUGCAGGAGAAAGAUUACUCCUUUCCUGAUGCGUUCAUGAAAAAAGUUUCUCAGGCAUGGUUAAAGACUGGUGCUGGUUAUAGGCUUCCCAGCGAGUGCUUGUUGUUUGAUUCCAAGUUUGGUGAGUAUCUAAAGCAGACUGAUGGGCCUUUCAUUGAUGUAGAAUUUUAUGGUUGUGAAAUUGCAACAUACAGACAAGAGCUGUCUGCAAUAGGAGUGAUUGUUGAAGCGGCAGAAGGAUGUCCUUUGAUUGCCAGCCAGCUUUAUCUUCAUGAUGAGUUUUCCACUUUCGUUCGAGUAUAUAAUUACUUGAGUGAGUUUAAGUGGGAGCCAGAUAGUGAGGAUGACAGAUGGAUCUGGAUUCCGAAGGGAGAUCAGAAUGGAGAUUGGGUUAAUCCAGAUGACUGUGUUGUAUAUGACAAGGAUGAGCUAUUUGGUUCGCAGUUGACUGUUCUGAAGAACUACUUUGAGCAGAACUUACUCGUGUUCUUCUCCAGGGCUUACGGGGUAAAGUCCCGUCCUUCAAUUGAUGACUACUGCGAGCUCUGGAAGGUGUGGGAAACUUCUGAAACUGGAUUGUCGCAGGAUCAAUGUUGCAAGUUCUGGAGGUAUGUUUCAAAGAACUGGAAUGCAAAAACUGAGAAAGCUCUCCCUGAGGCCCUGGUGAAAGUACCUGUUAAUUCAGGCUCAGAUGAAAUCUUUUUGUUAAACAAACGAGAUGUUUUCCUUCCAGAUGACCUUCAACUUAAGGAUCUUUUUGAACAGUCUUCUCCUGACCCCGUAUUUGUUUGGUAUCCUCAGCCAAGCUUGCCUGACUUGCCUCGGACUACAUUGCUUGAAAUGUAUAGGAAAAUUGGUGUUUGUGCUAUUUCUGAAUCUGUACAGAAGGAAGAGCUGUCCAUAGAAAAUGGUGUUGAUCAACAGGUAAUUCCAACGGAGAAAUUGAUCGGGAAAGCGCUACUCCAUCUGAUUCUUGGUUUUCUAGCUUGCCCUCCCAUUGAAAUGGAAGCAGGGAUGAGGCGAAAAGCAGUCCAAGGUCUUCUCAAUCUCACUGUUGUAGAGACAACUGAACCGAUCACUGUAAGAUAUAACUUACCAUUGUCUUCUGGGGAGAUUUUGAAUGUGAGAGCAAGCCGCAAGAUAAGAUGGGACAGAGAGAUGUCGAAAUUUUUCACUCAGAAAAUUGACAGGUCUGGAGGACAGAAAAGCAUCAUUGAGUUUGCCACAUAUUUCUCUGAAGUAAUAUCUGAUGGUGUCUUGUGGGAGCACACUGAUCAUAUCCCUGCACUUUCUGAGCUGAUCAAGUUGGCCUUUGUGCUAGAAUUUAAUGAGGAAGCAGUUGAUUUUUUGAUGAAGUCCAAGAAUUUGCAAAUCUUCAUUGAGGAUGAAGAGUUUCUCAAUUCUGCCUUCCCUUCUUCCACCUAG